GCAGGGAAGGGCAGCAGAGUCGCACAGAAGUGUCGCGACACUUGAGUCUUUCUUCUGGAAAUGCUUUCUUUCCUUUUUUCCUCCCUUAGGCUGCAAGCUUCAUCAUUGCCUGUGGGCGCAGUCUCUCUGUCUCCUUCCGUUUUUUCUUUAUCCUGAGAAGAACAUCUUCUGCAAGCAACAGAGUCGUUUCUGGGUUGCAGCACUUAAGUUGCUUAAUUGAAAAACUAUAGCCGAGUUUGUCAAGUAGAAUUUUCAAAGCUAAAAGAAACCCAGCAAUGUAUGAACUUACCUGUCGAAAACAUGUUUUGAAGGUUUUACAAAAAGAAGUAGGGGCUAGAAAGGAACAAUUGGGGGUUGGUUCCUGAUUGGUGUCAGGGCCCUGGACGAGCGCUCCCAUCUGUGACUGAACUAAGUACAUUGUGCAAGUGGAUGGGAAGAUAGGGCUGUUCCGAGGCCUGAGCCCCCGGCUGAUGUCCAACGCCCUGUCCACUGUGACCCGGGGCAGCAUGAAGAAGGUUUUCCCUCCGGAUGAGAUCGAGCAGGUUUCCAAUAAGGACGACAUGAAGACUUCUCUGAAGAAAGUAGUGAAGGAGACCUCCUACGAGAUGAUGAUGCAGUGCGUGUCCCGCAUGCUGGCCCAUCCCCUGCACGUCAUCUCAAUGCGCUGCAUGGUCCAGUUUGUGGGACGGGAGGCCAAGUACAGCGGCGUGCUGAGUUCCAUUGGGAAGAUUUUCAAAGAGGAGGGGCUGCUGGGAUUCUUUGUCGGCUUAAUCCCUCACCUCCUCGGAGAUGUGGUUUUCUUGUGGGGCUGUAACCUGCUGGCCCAUUUCAUCAAUGCCUACCUGGUGGAUGACAGCGUGAGUGACACCCCAGGGGGGCUGGGAAACGACCAGAAUCCAGGUUCCCAGUUCAGUCAGGCCCUGGCCAUCCGGAGCUACACCAAGUUUGUCAUGGGGAUUGCAGUAAGCAUGCUGACCUACCCCUUCCUGCUGGUCGGUGAUCUCAUGGCUGUGAACAACUGUGGGGUCAGCUCUUCCGUGGCUCCAGCCUGCUUUUCCGUCGGGUGUCAUCAGGGUCGUGCUUUGCCCUUGAGUAAACUGAAUCACUCUAACAAAAACAUGCCGUCUCAGCCUGGCCACGUGGGUGAGGCCUGCUCAUCUUGGGGCACCUGUAAGACAAGAUGACUCCAACCCUGCAACAUCUAGAUGUGCUGCAGCCCAGCUGGGCUUCAGUUUCCAUAUUUGCCAUGUGUCUGUCUAGAGGUGGGGAGCAAGGGUGAGGGUGGGGCUGCACCCAGUGGAUUGGGUCACCUGUUAGACCUGCAGAAGGUCGGGUGGGGUUGGGGAGUUGGGGUAUAGUCCCUGUACUUCCCAGAUUUGCCGAGUCUGCUUGGUGCAAAGGCCCAGAGAACAGCUCGGAGAGGCCCAGGCUUGAUGGGGAAUGGCUAAUAGGGUCAGAUCCCACCCCCCACUCACACCUCUGAGUCAGCUCCAGUGUUCAUCCCACAGCUCAGCUGGGAGCCUCACUCUCACUUUGUAUAUAGGGCGUGAUUCCCUCUCACAAGGCCACCAUCAUGUCUAGGCCUGUACUAGGAGGCUGUUACUAGCCUUCGUUUUUCUCAACACUACUUCUCUGAUAGAAGGGCAGCACUGUCUUUGAAUGGGAGAUCAUGUAACUGCGUAGAACAUCCCCCUUGUCUGAUGCUUGUCCUUUUAACGGUGACGCCUACACGUGCAGGAUCUGGUUCCCUGUGAGGUCGUGAAUACCCAGAAGUCGUGCCGAUCAGUGUCUCUGAUUCUAUUCAGUUUAAAAAUUCAUGAUAAGAUUUUACUCUUUUUCCUUCAAAUAAACGUACUGUGGUGAUUUGGAGUUUUGUGGGGAGUAUCUUGUUUUUGUGAGCUUGUAAAACCAUCUGCAGUCUUUCUCACGCUGUUGCGUGGUGUGAGAGAGCCUGUAAAGUAACAGGGCCAGGGCGGCUCACCCCGGAGUGAGCACCAGGACUUCUUGUAGAUCCAGCUUGGGGGGACACAUUGGUCAUUUUUCUGAAUUCAAAAAGGUUGAGAUGCCAGCAGCAAACUAGACCAUGGAAACAGCCUUUUUGUCACCCUUGAGGUGAAGCCUAGGGUGGCAGUGGUGGCCAGUGCUGGGCCCCUGCAGUAGCCCUAUCUCUGUGCCAGUCCCCAGAUGUCCAGGAGCUGUGUGGCAUACAGCUAGAAGAGACCCUUCCCCACUCUGAUCUUGGAGGCCUCUGAGAGUGCUAGCACCCCUGCCCCAUUGGAACGUGUUCCCUCCUUAUGGGCUUGUCCUGACAUGUCCCCUCCCUGCACUUCUUACCAUACUUGCCCAUUUGUCACAGUCUGGCCUGACUGGUAUGGAACACCUACCUUCCUGUUAUUUCCCAAAAAAUAAACUUCCAAAGAGAUUCUGGCUCCUGGUCUUCGAUAGGUUCUCUCAUGUGGCAGGUUUCCUGCGGGCUGGCCACAGGGGCUUCUGCUUUGAAGGAGCAAGCAGAGCCCACCCCAAAACCAGGAAAUGGGUCCUGACCUCCACAGGUCCCGCUCUACCCAGAGGCCACCACACCUGACCACCAGUGCCAGCUGGAGAAAACUGAGGGCCCAGGAGGAGAGUGACCCCCAAGAAUGCAAGAUUGGUUUAACAUCUGAACAUUGAUUAAUGUAAUACACCCUAUAAUAGAAAAAAGGACAAAACCCACAUGAUCAUCUCAAUAGACAAGAAGCAUUUGAUAAAAUUCAACACCAUUUCUUGAUAAAAACAUUCAACUAGGAAUAAAAGGAACCUCCUUAACCUGAUAAAAGGCAUCUGUGAAAAACAGCUAACAUCGUACUUAAGGGUGAAAGACUGGAUGCUUCCCCUAAGAUCAGAAAGAAAACAAGCAUGUUUGCUCUCAGCGCUUCUAUUCAACAUUGUACUAGAGGAUCUAAUCAGGGCAACUAGGCAAGAAAAUGAAAUAAAAGGCAUCUGGCCUGGAAAGGAAGAAGUAAAACUAUUUGCAGAUGACAUGAUCUUGUACAUAGAAAAUCCUAAAGAAUUCACUAAAAAACUAUUACAACUAAUGAAUUCAAUAAGGUUGCAGGAUACAAGAUCAAUAUUAAAAACCAAUUGUAUUUCUA